AACGAACUCCGCAUUUUGCUGCGCGCGGGCUUUGCGACCACAAACACACCGUGUUGACAGCGUCGAAGGAUGAAGAUUGCAUGCUAUUAUCGCUGAGAGAUUGAUAAGCAGCGUGUACUUUGUUCUUCAUCGGGUUUGAGCUGCUGAAAGAGGUCAUCGCCCGCAGCACUUCGAGACGACUAUAUUGGAAUGGUUAAAAAUCAAUCCGGUUUACUCGUUAUUGACGAAUUGGCUGCAAACUGCGUGCUUUGAGUCGUCGAUCCCCUUCCAACACCGAAGACCAAGCGAUUCAAACGGACAACGAUAAGCUCAUGCCAUUCUAAGACUUUACGUUGACUUUCAUAUAUUUUAUCGUCUCGCCAUGUCUCGUCCAUUUCCUUACACAUAUAUAUCAUGUCCCUGCGUUGAAAGGCCGGUUUCUGAUCCAUCCCGCAAGAAAGAAACCUCCCCUAGGAAAGGCUCCAGCCAGCCCGCUCCAGAAAUCAAUGAUAAUGACGACGAGGAAGAAGAGAAGGACUUUGAUCCGAGGUCGCCCCGGGCGAACUUCUCCUUAUACCCUCCGGAACAACUUCUCUACUGUGAAGACUGUCAUCAGAUCAAAUGCCCACGGUGUAUAACGGAGGAGAUUGUGUGUUGGUACUGCCCCAGCUGUCUCUUCGAGACGCCAAGCAGCAUGGUCAGGAGUGAAGGAAAUCGUUGCGCACGAAACUGUUUCAGUUGCCCCAUAUGCACCGCGCCUCUAGCAGUCAGUACUCUCGAGAAUGUUUCGGGCAGUGGGAGCCAGCAAGGGCCCUGGGUGCUGUCGUGUGGGUACUGCAUGUGGACGACGCUUGAUAUCGGGAUCAAGUUUGAUAAGCCAACAAACAUCCGGAACCAGCUGUCGAAGAUGACAGAGUCCUCGCGCGGAAGACAGAUGUCGCGAGCAUACGGGGAUCUCAAGUCUCCACUGUCUCCACUGGCAACGGCCUACUCAACGGUUGAUGGACCGGAAGUCCCCCCGGAUGAUGGGAAGCCACCUGCUGACGAGGACCCAGCUGUACUGGGACCCGACGCACGAUUUGCCGCGCUCAAGGCCUUCUACCGAAACCAGCUUUCCGAGACGUCUGCCUCCCCCAAUGACCCGCUGGGAACGGACUUCGGGGCCGGGUUCUCAUCGCCAGGCGCGCUGAACCGGAUCAUGUCGCUGUACACCUCGUCGACGUUGAGCGGGCUUUACGGCGGGAACAGCAAAAAGUCCAAGCCAAAACCGCUAAUGAUGCGAGAGGCCCAGACAGCCAGUGAAGGCCUGAAGCUGGCUGCAUCUGACGCAGAAGAUACCAUCAUCCAACGGAUGGCGUCCGACGACUGCGGCUGGGAAGGGCUGGCCUCCAGUGAGCAGCGGGUAUUCCAGUUCCCCGAGGCCCGUUUCGUGGAGGACCUGCUCCCCCUACCGACUCUGCUGCGCACCAAACGCUCGAAGCGCUGCAAAUCCUGCAAGCACAUCCUAGUGAAACCAGAGUUCAAGCCGCAAUCGACCCGGUUCCGCAUCCGCCUCAUUGCACUCAGCUACAUCCCUCUAACCACGAUCCGCCCGCUGGCCGUCAGUCCGUCGUCGGGAGUAACCUCAUCAACCACCUUGCUGGCAGCCCCGACUCCAGACCUUAACGCUCUCCAGCCCCUCCAGCCGAUCCAGAUCCUCCUCACACUCAAGAACCACAUGUUUGAUCCCGUCCGCGUCACGCUAGGGACCCCCUCCGUCACCCCGGGCGCAGUGGCCACCAAGGUGACCAUUCUCUGUCCACAGUUCGACAUCGGCGCCAAUAGCGACGUCUGGGACGAAGCCCUGCAGGCCUCUAACCCCGCGGAUCAGCGGUCGUCGCGCUCCGGCCUUACGGGCGGCUACGAGAAGGUCGCCGAGGCAGGCAAGGUGUGGGACAAGGGGCGGAACUGGACGACGGUCGUGCUGGAGGUGGUUCCCGGGUUAUUGGAGAGGAAAACAGGGACUCUCAACACAAAGGAGAAGAAGGACGAGGAGGAUGCUAAGGAUGCUAGGCAUGCUAGGGAUGCUACCAGUGAUGGAGGCUGGUCUGAUAGUGACGAGAACGAAACAACUCCCCCACCCGGCCACGGGCUUGGUCUCGAGACUCAAAGCUCCCCUGCCCCUGCACAGCCGGACGAAGACGUGCUAGAGAUUCCUGUCUUUGUGCGCAUGGAAUGGGACUCGGAGAACCAGAUGGAGCAGCCGGUCGCCAAGGGGAAACCAGAGAUGGUGAAACGGGAGUUGGCGUAUUGGAUGGUGUUGGGGGUUGGAAGGAUAGAAUAUUAGUAGUAUGAUAUGGUACAACUUUGGACAUAAUGUACCUGACGUACUUGUCUUCCAGAAUAUACUAGCAUCUAAUCGUGGAU